AACAAACAAACAAACAUAACGUAACAUAACAUUUUACAAGCUGUUAUAAGAAAAAAAGCUAUACAUUAACAUUAGCUUCCAUUUACAAUUUCUUUCAAUUUCAACCCUUCACGCCUCCUCCACCUCCAUUAACCUAUCUCCGCCGUCCGAUUCUCACCGUCCGAUUCUCGCCGUCCGAUCAUCAGAACGGACCGAAACGAGAGCGGUUAAGUUAUAGAGAAAAAAGAAAAGAAACGUAGAGUGAGGUUGAAACGGUGUCGGUUUGUUAGGGUUUAGAUGGCGAAGAAACGGAAGUCGUUAGCAUCGAGUCUAGAUGAGGUGGAUCGAACCAUGUAUUCGACGUUUUGUAGCGCAGCGAAUUCGCUAUCACAGCUUUAUAGUCAAGCGUUGAAUCAACAGAAACUUUCAUUCCAGGCUGGUGAACGCCAUGGCUUGGAGAAAAUGUAUCAAUGGAUCUUGAGGCAACAAGAGGGAGGAUCCAGAGUAACACCUGCUGACAUGAUGAACUACCUGCAGUCGGAACUGGACUAUAGUGGAGAGGACCAUUCAAUGUCGCCUAGACCACCGCAGAACCAGCAUUCUCAACCAAUGCAUUUUGCAAAUUCAGGCUUCCCAGUCUCUUCAGGCUCAAUUGGUAUAGCAGCUCCAGGACAUGGCUUACGAGCGGAUCAUGAUCCGCAAUCGAAGAAUUAUGUUUUCUCAAAUGCUCUUUCAAGCCCUGUUCGGCAGAGCCUACAGAAUUAUCAAGUUGCUCAAGGAGGCUACUUUGUAAACAACGUUCAGCCUUCAAAUGGGGCAAGAAACAACGAAACGAACCUGCACCACCAAAAUAGGGAGUCCAAUAGCUGUAACUCAGCUGAUGCGUCCAUGGAUAUGCAUUCUGAUAGCCCAGGUUGUGAUUUUACUUACUGAAGUAGUCUGUAAAUAGGAUGUUUCGGCAGCUGCUUCUUGUCAUGCCAUGGUAUUCAGCCGUUGUCAAGGAGCAAAUGCAUUGUUAAAUUGGCUGUUUCAUUCAGAGAUUGAAAGGUGCGUCGUAAAUCGUCAUUAUGUAGACAUGCACAUGUGCUCUUAGGUAAAAUGCAAUGUGGUGGGCACAUUGCCAAAUACACUGUUGUUUCUGUUGAACUAGUUAGUUCUUUUCGGUCUCUGAUAUAUGUGGAGUGUUUCUUCAGUAGGUAUAAAUAUAUAUAUAUAUAUAUAUGAUUGCGCUCA